UUACUUUUUUUGUCCUGCAAUCAAGGACUCUAGCGCCAUCAACUGGUUCGAGCACGUCUAUGGGUUUAAUUGGGAAAUGGCUAGCCAAACUCAUCUCACAGCAGAGGAAAAGCAGCGUUACGUGACUAAAACUACUAUAUUAGGAUUGGAUCCAUAUGUACUGCCAAAUGGCAUACUAACCCUGCUUUUGUCCGCGGAACAUUUGCCAAAUAUUUGUUUUGGUGACAUUUUCAUUUAUCUAGUACACAACCCGUCGCCAUACAGCAGGGAUUCUCUGAAGGCAUUCAAAAGCACUGAGGCAUACCUGUAUUUUCGAUCAGGAUGGGUACACGACCCGCGGAUUUAUCAUCUGAACAUUAAGAAAAUGUUCAUAAUCAUAGGAAAGGUCAAGCAUUCUCAAAACCUUUCUGUGACCCUAACACAUCCCUGGAUCACAGUGCAAGAGGACGGUACAGUAGUCAUGGCUCAUUGCACCUUUAAGGCAGGAGAGGUCAGGCCUAGGAGAGGUCUGCUCUCAUGCAGCAGCUCUCCUCUACGCUGUGUUGGCUGCUGCUGAACAAAAAAAUGGGCAGGCUUGCACCGAGAAGCCCUGUGCUUGGGCUGACACAAGUAUGAAGGGGGUCCCAUAUGAAGAGAUUCGUAACAUCAGCUUCUCUCAUAAACAAGAGCCCCUCCGUCAUGUGAAAGGAUCUAGUUUUCCUGAUAUCAGACCAUCAGAUGAAGAGUGCCAGGCAUUCUUUGAGGCGCUUCAUAUCAGUGAAAUGCAGGAGUCCAAACCAAAGAAGAGAGCCAUCCUCUCUAUCAUUGAUGGCCACUCACACAGGUACAUUCCGAAGAGGAUGCAGCUGGACUUGCCAACGCCUCUUUCCGCGCUCUACUCAAACACCCGGCUGGAGAUGGACUUUCCCUUGCUGCUGGAUGAGAGUGCCAAGGUCUUUGAUGAUCUACUUGUAACGAAGCAACAAGUUAACAGCAAAAACACCUCCUUUCUCCUUUCAGUUUGCAUAGGCCUACCUAAAUUCAGUUCAGGUGAAAUAAAUGAUAAGCCUUUGCAUUUUGAAACAAGUGCUAUGGAUGAUUUUCACAAACAUUUUUUCCCAGUGUUUGAUAGUUGAGGAGGAGACCAGGGAGCAAAGUAAAUCUAGAGUUUGGUUUGAUCAGAGGGCAGGAAGAGUGACAGCGUCAGUUUUCAGUGAGGCAGCCAGAGCAGACACACCUGCAUCCUUGAUCAAAAGAAUUUGCUAUCCUCAUGCAUCUCGUUUCUCCACUGAGGCAACAAGAAGGGGUCAAGAGAAUGAGGACAGAGCACGGGAAAGCUUUGUGGCUACGAUGAAAGACCACCAUGAAGACUUCCAAGUGAGGGCGUCAGGGUUUAUCAUCAACCCAGAACUCCCUUGGAUUGGAGCAUCCCCUGAUUGUAUGAUUGCCUGGACUUGCCAUGGAGACAGCGUUUUAGAAAUAAAAUGCCCCUUCAAAUCCAGGAACUGCUCCCUCAUGGAAAGCUGCAGGGAUUCUUCAUUUUGCCUUUGCUUAGGAGAAGAUGGGGUCAUGGCACUGAGACAAAACCACAAGUAUAUGUAUCAAGUGCAGGCCCAAAUGCACAUUGCAGAGGUGGGUUACUGUUACUUCAUGGUUUGGACGCCACAGGACAUUUUCAUUCAGCAAAUUCCAUAUGAUCCUGUCUUCUUCCAUGAUGCUUACGUCAAAGUUGAGAAUUUCAUCAAGGUUGGCGUGCUACCUGAGCUACUGGGGAAAAGGUAUACAGCACCACGCUUUACUCCCAGAGACACUGCAGUCACAAAUCAGCCACCUGAAGUGGGAUGCUACUGCGGUCAACCUGCAGCCACAGAUGACAUCAUUUGCACAUCUGGAAACUGUAGGCGAAAACAUUUUCACAAGAACUGCCUUAAGUUGACUAGGGUACCUAAGACAUGGAAAUGUGUGGAGUGCAGACAACAAGAACAACAGAUGGACAGAUGCUGCAUAGACCACAGCACACUCUGACCAUCUUGUCAAGAGGCGUAGGCUCUCCUGGACUUGCAGUCUGGCAAAGAGAAAUGGGUA